AUGGCAUUGGGACAAGACAUGGACGUAGAUACGUCAUUGAGUACACCUAUUAAGAAGAUCAAGGGUUUGAGUCUUGGGUCUCCAUUAUACCCUAGCUUAAAUGAUUUUCAACUGGACAAUAUGGCCAGCCAAAUGGUUAAUAGAGGUUAUUCACAAACAUUAACGAAUAAUGUUCUAGAAGAACUAAAUGCAAGAGCAAAUGAGCUAUCGCCUAAUAUUUGUCUGUCUCCAUCUAAUAAUAUAUCGACAACAAGUGCCAGCCGGAGAAACAAAAGAUACUCAGGAAUACACAGAGCUAAAUUCAAUAAAAUGGAAUCAAUAUCCAACCAUUACUCUGUCAAGGAUAGGGAUGCUGAUUCCAAUAUUAAUAAAAAUGAUAUGGGAAAGAGAAACUUAGCCAAUAUGGAUAUUAUCAAUAAAAAAAGAAGAACAUUAAUGGGGAUGGAAGAGACUUUGAAACUGUCUCCUGUAAAAUAUACAGUUCCACAGAAAAGCUCUCCUAUCAAGGAAUCACCACAGAGUAGCCCAAUCAAGAAAAUAUCACCAUCCAAGAAAUCUAUGAACUUGAAUAAGUUAUUAAAUGAGGGUGAAGGUAAGAGGUCAACAUCUUUACGAAUGGCUGGGGUUUCUCCCACUAGGACUCUGUCCGUGCUGUCUAUCCCAAAGCUAUCUAAACCAACACCGGCACGAAAAGAAAUUCAUAAUUCGUCGCCACAAAUCAAGCAUUCAAUUCCCAAAUUUCAUGCAACAAAAUUCACAAAUCAGGAGAAUAAGGAAAAUGCACCAAUACCCCGAUCACCUUCUUCAAAAACACAAUGUUUAUCAUCAUUCAAUACCCAUUCGCAAAACUACCCAGCAUCAUUAUCAAACAAACCGACUCCGACUCUUUCACAUAAGGUGUCAAUACCUAACCUAUCUCAUAAACUGUCAAUUCCAACAUUAUCUCAUAAACUGUCAAUUCCGAAAUUAUCUCAUAAACUGUCAAUUCCAAAAUUAUCUCAUAAACUGUCAAUCCCAUCUCUUUCUAACAAACAGUCAUCCUCGACAUUCCAACGACCUCCAAAGCCAUUAUCAAAAUCUAAAUCUUCAAUUCAUGAUUCAAUUAAACUGAUACCCACGCAAGAAAAUCAGGCAUUUGCAAAGUCGAAUUCCGCAAACCUCAAUGAUCAACAACCUAAACGAUACACAAUUCCAAAACCAUUUUCUCUAUAUAACAAACCUACUAUUUCUUCAUCGCAGAAAUCUUUGAACAAGUUCCAAAGAUUUAAAGACAAAUUUAAUUGA